AUGCAGCUCGUUAUCUUAAGAGUUACUAUCUUCUUGCCCUGGUGUUUCGCCCUUCCAGUGCCCCCUGCUACAGACCAUAAAGGAUGGGACUUUGUUAAGGACUAUUUCCAUCAAUUUUUCCUGACCAAGAAGGAGUCGCCAUUCCUUACCCAGGAGACACAAACACAGCUCCUGCAACAAUUCCAUUGGAAUGGGACAGGCCUACUUGAUAUGCAGAUGCAUGCUCUGCUACACCAGCCCUGCUGUGGGGUGCCUGAUGGGUCCGACACCUCCAUCUCGCCAGGAAGAUGCAAGUGGAAUAAGCACACUCUGACUUACAGGAUUAUCAAUUACCCACAUGAUAUGAAGCCAUCCACAGUGAAAGACAGUAUAUAUAAUGCAGUUUCCAUCUGGAGCAAUGUGACCCCUUUGAUAUUCCAGCAAGUGCAGAAUGAAGAUGCAGACAUCAAGAUUUCUUUCUGGCAGUGGGCCCAUGAAGAUGGUUGGCCCUUUGAUGGGCCAGGUGGUAUCUUAGGCCAUGCCUUUUUACCAAAUUCUGGAAAUCCUGGAGUUGUCCAUUUUGACAAGAAUGAACACUGGUCAGCUUCAGACACUGGAUACAAUCUGUUCCUGGUUGCAACUCAUGAGAUUGGGCAUUCUUUGGGCCUGCAGCACUCUGGGAAUCGGAGCUCCAUAAUGUACCCCACUUACUGGUAUCACGACCCUAGAACCUUCCAGCUCAGUGCCGAUGAUAUCCAAAGGAUCCAGCACUUGUAUGGAGAAAAAUGUUCAUCUGACACGCCUUAA